AUGGGUAUAUAUAAUGAAGAUAUUGGGAACUUUCCUCAGUCUAUUGCUUCCUCAGGCGCUUGGGAAGGUCGUCAAUUUGUUAAUGAGUCCGAGUAUGUGCACCAUCUCACCGAUAUAGAAGCAAGGGAGAUUGGGAGUGCUCUUCUGAACUUCAAACAAUUGGGGUUAGAUGGGGAUGCGGUUUGCCAGGAGAAUUUUCCCCUCCCAACUUUGAGCCAAAAGCUAUGCCGUAUUAGCACGGACGUCCAUGAAGGUAAAGGAUUUGGCUUGAUCCGCGGCUUGAACACCUUAGAACUCUCCACGGCAGACUUGACAAUUGCCUACCUCGGCAUUCAGUCAUAUGUUGCUAAUACCCGAGGUCGGCAAGAUGAGAAGGGAAAUAUGUUAGUCCAUAUCACGAGUGAUAACUCAACCGAGUUUACUAGGCAGCAUCAUCGACAUUCUACUUCAGAAAUUUCUUUCCACAACGAAGAAGCUGGAGACGUCAUCAGCUGGCUCACAAGAAAUACCGCUGCCUCGGGAGGAAAAUGUGUUCUUGCCUCGGCCUAUACCGUCUAUAAUAUUUUAAGUAAAAGUCACCAGGACUCACUCAACAUUCUUGCUCAGCCUAUUUGGGUGUUUGUGAACCAAGAUGUAUGCCCCAGACCAAUAUUCUUCUACCACAACAAAAGAAUUCUCAUCAACUUUGGACGAGUACAAUUAAUAGGAAAUGCAAUUCAUCCGCGUCCUCCUCGCCUGCCCCCCCUAUCUAAACAGCAACUUCAGGCCUUGGACGAUGUUGAGAACUUAGCUAGAAUGGUACAGCUUGAGAUCAAAACGAGACCUGGCGACAUACACUUCGUCAACAACCUCUUUGUUCUACACCGGCGCGAAAGCUUUCAAGAUAGUUAUGAAUCCAGUGAGCGAAGACAUUUGGUCCGUAUGAGGCUUCGAGAUGACACGCUUCGUUGGGACCUGCCGGCUAGUUUGGAAAAAGAGUGGUCGCACUCUUUCGAUGAGGGGCCGGCAAAAGUGUGGCAUAUUGAACCUAUGCCAAGCGGUUUCUUCCCUUUGAGAUCAUACGCUAACUAG